AUAUAACUGCCAUUAAAGAAGAAAGAAGGUUCUGUUAGGAGAAGUAUGGAUCGCUACGGUUCUAACGGUCGAGGAGUCAUGGACGAAGUAGACAUCGCCCGCCAGCCCAACCAAAACAUCGCUGACGACGCUGUGGACGCCAAACCCGGUGGAAACGCCAGCGGUAGGCGGACACAGGCGGAGUCGAUACCAACUUCCUCUAACGUUCUGCCAAACCCUGGUGUCUCCCGCGAAGCUGAGGAGUACUUCAUGGGCAACCGGGAGCGCGGUGUAGCCCUCAUCUUCAGCCACGAGGUAUUUGACGUUCGUCAGUAUGCAGAUGGGAACUACCGACCAAAAGAUAGGCUUGGCACAAAAGUCGACAGAGACGCUCUUCGUGAUAUGUUCAGAAGUCUUGGCUUCGGAGUACUCUGUUUCGACGAUCUAUGCCACUACCAAAUAAGGAAUGAGCUGAGACGGGUGGCCGAUCAGAACCACAGCAACCGUGACUGCGUCGCAGUGGCGGUGCUCACGCACGGUGAGAGGAACGGCCAGCUGGACGCCAGGGACCGCGAGUACAACGUCAGCGAGCUGUGGGAACCGUUCACAGCCAGGCUGUGCCCCACUCUCGCCGGCAAACCCAAGCUCUUCUUCAUACAGGCGUGUAAGGGAACAGGUACCGAUGCCGGCGUGACGGUGAGCGACCUCACUGCAGACGCGCCCGACAAUGGCCGCGCCGAGGAGCUCACUUACCCAGUGCCUUCUUACGCCGACAUCAUCGUUUCAUACUCGACAUUCGAAGGUCUAUACUCCUUCCGCAAUCCAACAAAGGGCUCGUGGUACGUUGAGACACUGUGUUCUCAACUUGAAGCCCACGGCAGAUCCAAGGACCUGGUGUCGCUGCUCACUGACGUGAAUCGCAUCGUCGGUCAGAGAUAUCGCUCAGAAAACAAGAGCCUGCCAGACCUGCAUGGCAAGGUGCAGGCGCCGUGCUUCACCUCAUCCUUGACACGGAGUCUAUGCUUCGGUCAUAAAGGCCAUGGCCACCUCGCAUGAUGUCUGCCACAAAAAACCUCGUUUCACCCAUAUAAAUGUAGAAAAUAUUUCCUUAGAGUUCCUAUGUUUCCACCAAAGCACCUGAAGCCUCAGCUGCUGAAUGUAAUCCGCUGUACCGCCCAGAGUCACGUUACACUUUGUCUUUAUUCAGUACCACGGAUUGUCUGAGAUAUCGCUGUCUGUUUAUAAGUGACAUUAUGUCUGGUUUAUCAGUAAUUAGUAAAAUAUGACGUGGUGGCAUGCACAGAAUUAGUUCAUAGACCACUUAAUAUAUUUAAUACAAACUAAUUAUAAACAGUUCUACAGUAAGUGUCAACUUAAUUGAACGAACACAAAGGUUCGCAAGCGGGAAAUGUAUUUAUAUCGGAUGAGUGCAUUUAAUGGGUCCUAGAUGGUGUUCAUAUCAGCGAAAUCAACAAAUAGCAUGUUCGUCAACUACACAUGAAGGUAUCCAUUUCGUAUUCCGUAUUCUGAACAUGUUCAUUUCUUCUGAAAUAUUACUUUUCAUUCCAUAAAUAAUGGCUGAGUAAUGAGUGAGAAUUUGGUUUGGAUGCCUUCAAUCGGAAAUCGGCACAUUGUAUUCAGAAAUAAGGUUUGUUCAUGAAAUACAAGUAAAAAAACGGAGGCUCUUCGUUUCCUUAAACAUCCAAAGGGGAUAUCAGAGCACCAUCUUUCCUUCAUCAUUGACGUUUUUUUGAAAAUAUACAAAAAUCGAGGAGACUAUUUCUACUUACAGAAGUUUUCAGAAAAAGUGAUGUGAAUGCUGUACUUAGAUUAACAAUGUUCUGCACGCAUAUUACAGGUCAAACAAAUGUAUAUAUGAGCUUCAUUAUCAUGCAGGUAUCUAGUGCAUGGCAACUUGCAUGUUACUGUUGAUGAUUUUCCUUGCAACAUCUGAUAUGAUUAAGGUAGGAUUAAUUUUCGCGAUUAAUUUCAUCAUCAUCACCUUCAUUUCAAGCAUUAGGCCCUUUAUUGGUUCGCCUAUUACAGUAGCCAUCGUUCUUCCGUCUUCCUUGAUUUCUUCUCCAAAAUUGCUUAAAUCUUCUGAUCUGGAGAGGUAAUCUUUCUCAACUCAUCCUUUCGGGGCCUUCAUUCGAGUUUCUCUUAUUUUUUUGCAUUUUAUUAGAAAUGUUGAAUAUGUUCAGUUUUUCCUUAAUUUCUGAAUUUCUAAAUCUGUCAGUUCUUGUGCACCAUUUUACUUUUCUUAGAAACCACAUCUCUGCUGCUUGUAUGUGACUUUCUUCACGUUUACUUAUAACCCUGAGAUAAUUUCAGCCUUGUUGCUUUCCUCGCUUCAUUUUCUAGAUAUCUGUUUAUUGCUCCACAUAUAUUCCCAAGCUUUGCUAAUUUCUUUUCUAUGUCUUCCUCAUAAUCAUAUGUUACGCCAUAUCCUAAAUAGCUAAUAUUCAAUGUGUUGUUUUGUUCUGUUUUUCUCUCUAAAGAAUGUUUUCCUUUGAACGUCAUUGAUUUUGUUUCUUUUCUGAAAUAGUCAAAUGGUUUUCUUCACCAUUAUUACUAAUAAUUUUAUUCGCCUUUCUAGAUCAUCUUCAUUCUCAACUAGCAGUGUGGCAUCGUUUGCACAUAAAACGCAAUUCCCAAAUUCACCAACAAAAUAAAUCUUAAAAUGUGUAUUAAAAUGUGUGGGUGAAAUGCUGCACCUUUAUCUAACACUUUCGUUUGCAGCUAUAGUCUGUACCAUUUAUAUCUGAAAUUACAACUGUGUGUUUGUGCAGAUUUUCAAAACGUUAUAGUUGUUGUGGAUAUAUUCUUUUCGUCAUAAUUGCCCACAGUUUCUUCCUGCCAACAUAAUCGUAUGCCUUAAUAAAUCAAUAAAUGCUAAGCUGGUUUCCCUGCCAUACUCCACGUGUUCUUCGAUUAUUUGUUCAGUUGUAAAUGCUGAAUCUGUUGUCGAGCUGCCCUCUGAAAUC